AUGCGCGGACGGUCGGCGCUCGUCGCGCUCCUCGCGCUCCUCGCGCUCCUCGCAAGCCCGGGGACGAGCGUCGCCGCCGCGCCGAGCGGCGGCGUCCGAACGUCCGCGGCGCGACGUUGGCUCCAGAAGCGCGGGGGGGCGAUCGACGACGCAAUUGUUAUUCCUUUCGACGACGCGGCGCAUCACGCGCUCGACGACGACGUCGACGCGCGCGCGGCGGAGUGGAAGAAGAACCACACCGCGCCGCCGCCGUCGCCUCUCGCGCCGCCCGCGAAGAACCCCUCCGACGGCCCCGUGGGCGCGCGCGUGGAGACGUGCAAGCCGAGGGCGGUCGCGAAGGCGAAGCGGUGCCACUACGUCCGGCACAACCCCGCGUGCUCCAAGGACGAGAACAUCGUGCCCUACCUCACGAUCCACUACUGCCACAUGCGUCGCCUCGCGACGCUGAGCACGGCGUUGCAGCUAUCGCUCGCGGUGUUCUUCAUCUCCGUCAUGGCGAUCGUCGCCGAGCGGUUCUUCGUGCCGUCGCUGGAGAACGUGUCGAGGGCGCUGCGGCUGCCCGAGGACGUCGCGGGCGCGACGGCGCGUUCUGUACACUGGUCCCCAUACGACCGCGUCGGCGUGGUGCUGUCGUUCGGGAACGGCGCGCCCGACGUCUUCACGCAGGUGGCUGCGUUUAAGGGCGCGGACGCGGAGGGCGUGUCGUUGGCGCUCGGCGCGGUGUUCGGCGCGGGGUUCUACGUCUGCGCGGUCGUCCUUCCCGCGGUGGUUUUGUUGACGGGGAAGAAGCCGGAGGCGAAGUCUCCGUCGACGAUCGCGGCGGCGACGCGCGGGAAAGGGAUCAGGCGGGGGUUGUUAGGCGGCGGCGGCGACGACGACGACGACGCGAGCGAUGCGUACGAUGACGACGACGACGACGAAACCGACGAAACCGAUGAAACGCUGACGCUAACGCGCCGGCGUGGUGCGUUUCACCGCAUCGCCGAAUGCAUGUCCCUGAACCACGGCGUCGACGUCGGCAAAGCCGCCUUCACCAGGGACGUCGGAUUUUACGGCGCCGCCGUCGCGACGACGUUUGGAAUAUUCCUCGCCGGCGACGUCAACGCCCCGCACGCGAUCGCUCUCGGGUCGAUGUACGCGGCGUACCUCAUCGCGCUGCUCGCGCCCGCGCGCGUGCGCGCGAUGCUGCGCGGGUUGGGGUGGGGGGUCGCCCCCGGCGCGGCGGCGGCGUUUUCGGCGGAGGACGAUCUCGCGGCGGCGGCGGACGGCGAGGGGCUGACGGCCGGGCUGCUGGACGCGGACGAAUCGUUCGAGGACGGGUACGCCGCGCUCAUCGAGGACGGGACCGGGGUCGGGGGCGCGCCGAACGUCCGGUGGGGCGGCGGCGGCGCCGGGUCGACGAACGGCGGCGCGGGGAUCGACGAGAACGGCGCGUUCUCCUUACACUGGUUCCCAUACGACCGCGUUGGCAUGGUGAACGUCGAUCCUUAA